AUGGCGGGCGGGCGACCGCCCCUGCGGCUGGCCCUGCUGCUGCUGGCGCUGGAGGCCUCCGUCCUCAUCCUCUUCGGCCUCCUCGUCUGCUCCGGGCCCGACCAGGCCGCCGCCAGUAACGGGACCGGAGCCCACUUCCACUCCAUGAACGACGACUUCUACCGGCGCUACCCGAGUUUCCCGGACGCUCACAUCACGAUCUUCGUGGGCUUUGGGGUCUUGAGGUGAGGCCUUAAGCGCUCAAUAAAUACGAUUGAUUGAUUUCCUGCAGCGCUAGUGGCCUGUGCUCCCCAGUGGGCCACACUGGUGCAGGGCCUGGUCAAAACGCUGCUCCACCGCCAGGCCCGCGUCCUCGUCAGCGUCCAGAGCAUGAUCAACGCGGACUUCGCCGCUGGCGCCGUGCUGAUGUCCUGGGGAGCCGUUCUGAGCAAGGUCAGUCCGGUCCAGCUGCUGCUGCUGGCCACAGCCGAGGUCACCAUCUUCGCCGCCAACGAGUUUGUCGUUCUCCAUCACCUCCUGCGGGUCAGUGUGGGGCCGGGGGCCGGGCUGGCAUGGAUCCCAUCACCCACGGGUCCUCCGACUGCCCACCCGCUGACCGACUGCCCACCCGCUGACCACCCUCCAAACCCCCCGCUCACCCCCCUCCAUACCCCCCAGCUGGACAACGUGUUCCCGCUGGUGGCUUGGGGACGCCGUUCGGCCUGGCUCCAGGGUGGCUACCAGCUCUGUGGUCUCCUGGUCACGGUGGCUUCGGUGGUGGCCUGGUGGCCAGCUUUAUGGGAUCGCACCUCGCUCAUACAGCUGGGUAACCAAAGACAACAACCAACCCCGGACACGGGCGCGCCGGCCCAGACGGACGGACGGACGGACGGACGGAUGGACGAGGCCCGGGAGCGACGGGCCGUCCCGCUCCUGCGCCGGCCUCCCCUGCGUCUCCCCCAGCCCCGUCUGUCCGGCCUUGUCCACCCGACCCGCGCUCACUACGCUCCGCGCCGGGCCUUUUCAUUCACCCUUUCCGCGCCCCCUCCCAGAAAAGUCCCCCGAUUGGCCCCGGGGCGACUGAUCGCCCCCGCCCAGUCCCCGCCCCUGUGA